AUGUUAUCCUCAUUGGUGGCGUGGGUUCUCAACUCAUAUAUCGGCGAAUACUUUGGAAAUGUCAAUACGGAUCAGCUGUCCAUCGCAUUGCAUAAUGGUGAGGUCGAGUUGGACGGACUGCCACUCCGGAAGGACGCCCUCAAACAUCUCGGACUUCCUCUCGAGAUAAUCAAUGGAUUUAUCGGUAAAAUUAGUCUUAAGAUCCCUGUCUAUCGCCUGAAGAGCGAGCCGUGGGUUAUAUCUAUUGAUGAGCUCUUCCUAAUCGGUCGACCCAUCACUGACUUUAGUUAUAACGAAGACGAAGAGGCGAAGAGCGAACAGGACCUGAAGAACAGUCAGUUGGACUCAAUAGAGUCGCGUUGGAAAGCCAUUCACGAGUCGACAGAGAAGGAGUCGCAGUCAUAUUACGCCUCCUCUUACCUCUCGUGGCGUAACUAUGGCUCCAAUUUUGUGAGUAAUAUCAUCGAAAACGUUCAGUUGAGGAUCAGAUCCGUUCACAUCAGAUACGAAGACAGUUCGACAAUCGCUGGCAUCCCAUUCGCCGCCGGAAUCAUCAUUAAGAACCUCUCGGCUCACUCUACGGACGAGAAUUGGGUCCCGAAGUAUGUGACGAGAGAUAACUCAGAAUACAUGCGAAAACUCUUAGAACUCGAAGGUUUCAGUGCCUAUUGGGACACAAAUACACAACUCUUUAGUCAUUUAGAUUUGCCAGAAAUGGUCAUCAAAAUGCGUCAACACUUGGACAGUGGGUGUGAUGUGAGCGGCACUCUUGUCGAUCACGAGUACAUUCUGGCGCCCGUCAGCGGUAAGGCUUAUCUCAAGCGGAACUGUAGUGAAAAGCCAUUGACAUCGCGUUCAGUGCCUCGAACUGUGAUAGACCUGCAGUUAGAUCAGGUGCCGGUCCUCUUAACUGCCAUUCAAUACAAACAUAUUAUGGAGUGGAGUAUUGCCUUCAACAGAGCCAACACUUUGUGGAAAUACAGGAAAUGGAGACCUGUUGUGCCCAUAAUCGGUAACUCAAAGCUCUGGUGGAAGUUUGCAGUCGACGCUAAUAUGCGUUCCUAUCGAGAGAGAAGACGACGCCGCGACUGGAUAUUCAUUAUUCAGAGAUCACGUGAUAUCGUCAAGUAUUGUCAGGUUUAUGCCACACACCUCUUACAUCCAGAAGCGCUCACUCGAGACAUGAGAUUAGUUAAGGAAAAUAUAGAAUACGAGCUAUCGUUUGAAGAGAUCUGUUGUUUGCGUGAAAUUGUGUUUUCCAAGUGUGAUAUUAGUGAACAAACCUGUGAAAUACAGGUCUCUAAUGGAAACUAUUUAUCACUAAACUAUUGGUUUCCCAAUUGGUAUGAUAUUCCUGACGAUAAAACCGACACAAGUGUUGAGUCCCAAAUGACACAACAAAUGAAUGGUUUGAGUGUAGCUAAUGUCGAGAGCCAUAACUCUGUGACUAAUUUCUCGACAAUUGACGACAUAUUUGUGACCAGAGAUGCCGUCUUCGGACAGUUAAACUUCUCGAUAACGAACGCGUCGUUUGCUUUAAUGACAUUUUCCGACAACCCCUCUUCGCCUGCCUUUGCGUCCGAGAAAUUGAUGAAUAAUUUAAUGGAAUUUGAGUUUUCAAACGUCAAAAUCGGUGUUGAAAUUUGUAACUCAAAUCUCUGUGACUAUGAAUCCAAUACUUGUACUGACAUUGUUUUUCGGACACAAAAGUCUGUGCCGAACACCGAGGAGUCCAACAUUCAAAUGAAUCUUCUGUUUGAGUGCCAUUACCUAAAUCUAGUGCUCUUAAGGACUAAAAGUGCGAUAAUCGCUGAAAACGAUGCCUCGAAGUUGGCCACCGCUUCCCUCAGCGGGUGUCACAUCACAAUCAAAAUUGCUUCCAAUGAGAUAGGAAUUGAUGGACAACUCGAUGGUCUCCAAGUCAUAGACCUCGUGACCGAUCAGACAAAUAAUAAGCACAAACGUGUGGUCAGUAUUGGUCGCGAGAUAUCUCUUAAUGACUCGUUUAGGGAACCGAAAGCCUUUAAAAUGGUUUUGAACGACAACUCCGAUGAAAAGGCACUCUUUUUCUCAAUCCGUCGACUGUUUGGUGAAAAUAUACUUAAAAUAAACGUCGAAAUGGCAUCUCUUUGUUACGUCCACUCGAGUCGAUUGGUCUACGAGUUGGCCCUCUGUUUACAAAACAUCAAGAAAUAUAUGACUGUUUUCUCCGAGAGAGUGAAGGCCGCCGCCACUGAAGUCGCCUUAGGAAUCGUCACGAAAACUAAAUCCGUCUCAUCUUUACGCUCAAAGACAUCCUCCGCUUUCAUUGAAGACUUCCGACUGAAUGUCUAUUUGCAAACUCCAGUCAUUAUACUCCCGACCUGUCCUUCUAGUUAUGAAGUAAUGGUCGGCCAUUUGGGACACAUUUCGCUCAAAAACCACAUCUGUUCCGAUGUGCGACAUCUCAAGACUCCGAGCCAAAGAAAUCACGUGAUAUUCGCCGAGAUUAGAGAUUUGAGUUUAUAUUCUCUCGACUGCUCGAAGAAUAUUAAGAAAGGCAAUCAUUUGAUGAGUUUGAGUGUCGAAGAACUCUAUUCGUGUAAACCGUUCGGCAUUUCUAUACUUCAGGAAACCAUUAUUGAGAUCAGUGUCGAGAAUAAGGAAGUGGCGCCUAAAGUGGACAAACUCAGUGCUGAGAGCGGUCUGAAUGCAGUCACAUCUGUGGCUGAAUUAAAUGCCACCAAAUUCUCGAUCAGUGUCGAGAAUAAGGAAGUGGCGCCUAAAGUGGACAAACUCAGUGCUGAGAGCGGUCUGAAUGCAGUCACAUCUGUGGCUGAAUUAAAUGCCACCAAAUUCUCGGUGAAUGCAUCGAAAUAUCACAGCAUUCAUAAAGAGUUGGUCCUCACGUUUGAAAUCCCAAACAUCAACUUUCGCCUCUCAUAUAACGAUGCGCUCAUGUUUUGGCACAUUAUUAACUCAAUUUCAUAUAACCCUCACAAUAGUGUUAGUGAUCAUGACAAAUGCAAUAAUCAUUCAUCAGAUGGAUGCGCAUCGCCAUCGAGUACCAGACAUUUGGAGUCUUUAGGAUUCGCUUACGAAGACUGUGUUAAAGCGCUGGAAGUCUGCGGCGGAGACAUCCGUGAAUCUGCCAUUUGGUUAGCGAAAUACAAAUCGGAAAAAGUGACCGAAAAUGUGGCCCAUAAUAGCGUCGGCCGAAAGAUUUCCAACAAUCAGUCAUUUUAUUCGCGAUUCUCUAUAAUUGAAGUGCGAAUACAAAACGGAAGUCUUUGUCUCAUCGAUGAUUGUAACGAAACCGAUGUCCCGCUUCUGGAGCUCAACACCAGUGACUUCCGACUUAUGCAACACAAUAGUGAACCCAUUUUGGAAGGAUUCUCUGAAAUGUCAUUCUCUUGUGAUUACUUCAAUAGAGCGCUGUCUGGUUGGGAACCAUUCAUCGAGAAAUGCAAAUUCCAAUUGAUUUGGAAUGUCAUCGAAAGACCAUUUCAUACGAAGACAUUGGAUUCGCAUAAAAAGAAAAUCUCCUUUCAUUUCGACGUCAAUCAGUGCUUUAGUAUUAAUAUAACCAACAAUUUUGCGGAACUUAUCAAAAAUGUGAGCCAAUCGUGGAUUCAAGACAUACAGAAUUUUGUGAAUAUGUCGCCCACGAAGAGGGCAUUCCGUCACAGAACGCCAUUCAUUCCGUACGCCAUCAAGAAUGAGACGGGAUGUCGACUGAGGUUUCACUUGAUUCAAGACUCGGAUCAGUCCAACACUUUUUACGACCAAAAGUCAUCUCCCUUUUCGAGUCGACCCAAUUCUACUGAACCGCAAAUGAAUUGGAUUUCAGUGGAACCCAACGAAACGAUUCCUUUCAGUUUUGACUUGACUUCGAGAAUACUGACCAAAACCAGACACAGCGACUCACACGUGGAAAAGGCCCACAAAAUUGUCGUAGUGGUCGACGGCUGGAAAGCCAACACAACCGAGAGUUUGUACAUAAACUCCAAUUCUAUGAUACCGGUGCCCUUACGUCUCGUGCGACACAAGAUCCAAGUGCGUCCCUGCGAUGUGGGUGUCAGUGCGUGCGACACACCUCUCAAUUGGGAGCACGUGCGCCGAUGCAGCGAAACCAGUAGUGAAUUACAGAUUUGUACCCCGAUUACAGUGACCCGUAAUCAGCACUCAUCCUAUUCGACGGCUUCCUCCUAUCGGUACUGUGUUUUAGUCGAAAGAAAUCGGUUUCCUUUGGAUAUCUCACCGCAAGGUCUGGGCCUACAGUCAUACAAAGCCCAACCCGCGCACACUAUAACACUCGUACCGCCCCUACAACUGGCAAAUCUCUUACCCUAUGAGUUACGGUUUCACAUUUCGGGCACUGCUGUCAUCGGAACCAUAAAGUCUGGCGAAGACGUGUCCAUUCAUUACGUCAAUCCUUUAGAACCGUUUACAAUUGAAGUGUCGAUUGAGAAUUACCCCAAUUGUAGACCUUUAACCAUAAAUCCCGGGGCUACUCGUGAUUACGUAACACAUUUGGAUUUGUAUGACAGCUAUAAACGAUUGCUUGUUUUGCACGCAUUGGUCUCUCUGGUGAACGGUUCCACUUCAGCACUGGUCGUCAAUAUAUACUCUCCCUUUUGGAUCAUUAAUAAAACCGGUCUUCCGAUUAUUGUGCGACAAGAGGGCGCAUCCGAGUCUUCCGGACAAUUGCCUGAACACGAAAUCGCGCGAAGCAUUUCUCCCCUUCUGUUCUCAUUCUCAGAGCCCGACUCCUCUUACAUGUUCUCCAUAAGGGUCGGGAAGUCGAAGGGACUCAACACCCGGUGGUCGACACCAUUCUUCUUAGAAAAGGGAAUCUGUUUCCGCAGUCUUAGAGUCGGACAAAGCGAUCCCCAAAAGCCAGACAUUGUGUAUGAAUUUGGAAUCGAUAUAAGGAAUGGUAGGGAUCGGUACAGAGACACCAAAAUAGUGACGAUAACACCGCGCUAUCAAAUCGAGAAUCUGAGUUCUUAUCGGUUAGAGUUCGCACAGAAGUGCAUGACUUCGACGCCGUUGAAGGCCGACGACCGGCCGGUUAGCAUUUUGCCCAAAUCUAAUGUAGCGUUUCAUUGGCCGCGAACAGAUCGCGACCGCCUUCUCUGUGUGCGCAUCGCAUCCCUUCCCAACUGCUUCUGGUCCGGGGGUUUCGCUGUCGAGCCCUCCACUUCAUUCCACCUCAAUAUUCGCGAUGACAACCGAAAGUCACACUUCAUUCGCGUCGAGAUUCUCAUCCAAAACGCCACGUUCUUCAUAGUGCUGACGGACGCCAAUAACCUCCCGCCGCCCCUUCGCAUCGAGAACCUGUCGCACGUGUCCAUUGAGUUCUUCCAAACCAAUACCACUCACUCUUAUAUGAAGACUUUGAUGAGACCUAAUACACACCUGUCGUACGCGUGGGAUGAGUCCACUCUGAAGCCGCACAUCACUGUUCGGGCUCCGGGAGGUUCUGUUUCGACGUACGAUAUGAUGAGUUUGGCUCCGGGCGAUCAGCUCACGUAUGAGAACUUUAUUUAUAUUGCAUUCAGCGCUACGUUUGGAGACGAAGAGUCCGAUGACGAGAAGGUGAGCGUCGGCUCACACUUCACGAGAGGAAGCAUUAAACGGCAGUUAGUAUUGGAUGUGAUUGAGGGCUCAAAUCUCAUUGUUUUGGCCCCAAAAGAACGCGGAAAGAGAUCCCAAUUAUGGCGAAUUGAUUCAUAUAAACGUCUCAUACAUGAAGGCUCGUCACCACCAGUGGAUCCAAACGAUCCCAAGAAAGCAUCGUUUCAUAAAACCAACAAAAACUCGUUGGUGUUGGACAUCGCCAACACGUGUCCAGUGCCCGGAGAAUUCACUCCAUUAAUGCUCCGUAACAUUGACCCCAAAAGGGCUUUGACUCAGACGUGGACUUUCACUCCGGACGGACGCCUAUGCUGUGAAUACCCUAAUAUGUGUGUCCAUCCGAGGAAUGGUAUCACUGGCUUACGAGUUGGAGAAAAGGCAGUAUUAGGUCUGAUGCGAUCCGAGAGUAAUAUGACUCCAAUUGAUCAGUCAAUUAUUGCUAAGAGAAUGAGGAAAGGGUCGGGAGUUCUGUCGGUCUCUGUCUUAGCUGAGGGGCCAACCCGUGUCUUGCGUAUCAAUGAUGUCAAAAAUCGCGACAGAAUUUCCACGACAAGUAGUUCUCUCAUUAAAACUGAUGACAAAGAUUGCGAACACAAAGGAUUGCUUAAGAAUAUUGAGUUAAGCUUUUUAUUCACUGUCGAAGAGAUUGGUCUCUCGAUUAUCAAUCAUUUGAAUGAAGAGCUCAUUUACAUCUACUUUCAAAACUCCAUUUUCGACUUCAACUUCAAUUCAGAUGAAUGUGACUUUAAUUCUUCGAUUCAAAACUUUCAGAUCGAUAAUCAGUUGAAAGGAGCCGAGAAGUCGGUUAUUCUUCAGGUUAAUCCCGCCAUAAAUAGCGUACAAUUGCCGGCAAUUUCCGUAACCGCCCAAAAACAGUUCACUUCUAAUGUUGAGGCCAAUGUGUUUAAGAACUUUCAGAUAUCAAUCAAAGAUAUGAUAUUCAAUUUGGAAGAGAUAUUGUUAUUAAAAAUAUUGGAAUUCAUAAAAUUCGAUGUAAUGGUCAAUGAAUUGGAUCAGAUCCAGAACCAAGAGAACACAGCCGCCAAUCGGGCCGUGUCCUCCAUUUUGGCCAAAUCGUCGCGUUAUUACUUCACUAUAUUUUUGAUACAAUUAUCUCAAGUAAAACUCAGUGUCUUUACGUCCAGUCAUUUGCCGAAACUCUAUAACAAACUCAAGAAGAAGCUAAACAUCAAAUUGAUUCGCUUCGAAGACGCGACCGUCCAUUUGGCGCCCUUCAAGAAGGUCUACACAUUGAUGACCAAAAACUUCUUAUUGGACUCCAUUUACCAGCACUAUAGGGCUGAACUCAAGAGUCAAGCGGCAAAGAUCUUGGGUUCAGUCGACUUCUUAGGCAAUCCAUUGGGUUUCAUGAAUGAUGUGACCGAUGGUCUCAAUGAGUUCGUUGAGGGCAACUUCGGUGGUCUCAUAUGGAACGUAGCGCACGGCAUAUCCGACUCGACCGCUAAAGUGACCUCCAUUUUGUCGGACAGUUUGGGUGUCGUCACUAUGGAUCAAAGACAUCAAGAGAUGCGCAAACGUAUCAAACAGGAGAGUAACAGUCAUUUGUCUACCGGUUUCAAGGGUUUAGGGGUCGGACUACUGGGAGGUUUCACGAGUAUUAUAACUCAGACCUAUGAGGGCGCCGUCAAAGAAGGAGUUUCGGGUAUAUUCGUGGGUUUAGGCAAAGGACUGGUCGGCACGAUAACUAAGCCGGCGGUCGGAAUGUUGGACUUCGCAACGGGCGCUGCCAGUGCUGUGCGAGAGUCGACGCGCAAGAUAUCAAGCAAUCACAGCACAGUUAUGGGCAGACGUCGACCGCCGAGAGUGAACUCAAUAAAUGGUUUAAUUCUGAAAUACGAGAGGUUUCAGGCAGAGGGACAGGAAUUCUUCUACAGCUGCGGACUAAUCAACGACAGGGAAGAGUCGGAAACAUUUGUUGCGAAACAAGAAUUAAUUCCCAAAAGUCACUCCGUUUUGAUUACAAACCAAAGAAUAAUAUUCAUUCAGACCAUGAAAUUUGGAGAAUCCGUUGAAUACAAGAUCGAGUCGACGCUGGACUUCGAUAGACUCGACAAAUGUGUUGUUUGGAGCAAUAAAUCGGGUUUCAUUAGCAACUCAACAGACUUUUAUGUGGUCGCCAUUAAAAGCAACUGUAAAUCCAAUGAUAUUUCGCACACAAUUAAUAUGAGUCCCAAAUACCUGUGCGAUAAAGAAGAGACGGCUAAUAGUAUAUGUAAUCAAAUAAAUUAUGUGAAACACUCGCACGAAGAGAGAAAGGAGAUGAGUGAAUCAAGUAUAACCAUCCCGGUGUCCACUAUCUAUAAGCCCACAUACGCUCACGAUUUCUACAAAUUACCGGAUGAACCGAUCAAAUACUGGGCCCAACAGGGAAUACAUAUCGGCAGGUGUUUAGGUGAGGGUGCCUUCGCUGCCGUCUAUGAGGGCUCGUAUGGAGCGGAGGCUAUACUUCCCGAAAGAUAUCAUCCCUAUGUUCCCGGCGAACAAAAUAAAGACCAAAUAGACGAAAACACACGACAGGAAAUGGACGUCACUAAUCGGACCGAUAUAUUGCACCCAAAUAUCAUUGAGUAUCACUUUGUGGCAGAAUAUCCGCCCAAAUCAGAGAAAGUAUGCGAUCACGUGUUCAUAUUCAUGGAAAAGGCUAUGUUUCCGUUGCAGGAUUUAUUGAAUUGCUUGAUUAAAUUGAGAGCACAGGUACCCAUAAACACCGGUAUUACAUGGAUUCGAGGCAUAUAUAGCGCUGUCCAACACUUGCAUAGCGUUAAUAUCGCUCACAACGAUUUGCACAGUUAUAACAUCUUCGUGUCGGGAAGUAUUGACCAACAAAACUGGAAUGACUUCCGGUUCACUAAUAUUCAGCUCAAAAUCGGUGACUUCGGGAAGUGUGCAGACAUAUCGGGACAGUCGGGUCAGAGUCAGAGUCAGAAGCGCUUAGACAUCGAGAAAACAGCGUUUAUGUUGAUCUCAAUGUGCGAUAGGAUUGCCUUUCCUGAAGACAUUCGCAAGAAGAAUGUGAAUCUUCUCAAUCAGGUCUACCAAAACAAGCUAACCAUUGAUCAGUUUCUCGGCUCACAGACACUCUCUGCACCAGAAGGUCUCGACAAUUGGACUAUACUUUGCACUCAAUAG